AUGCAUGGGUUCAAAAGAAAUGGAAGCCACACAGUGGAGGCAGUGACCUUUGAGGAUGUGGCUGUGAACUUCACCACAGAGGAGUGGGUUUUGCUGAAUCCAUCCCAAAAGAAGCUCUUCAGAGAUGUGAUGAGGGAAACUUUCAGGAACAUGGCUGCUAUAGGAAGAGCCUGGGAUAACCAGGAAAUUGAAGAAGAGUACAAAAGUCACUGGAGAAAUCUAAGAAAUGAAGAGGUAGAGAAAUGCUAUCAAAGUAAAGUUUGGAAUCAAUAUGAAGAAAUACUCCUUUGGACUCUAGAUGCUAAAGUGGAGGUGAAACAAGCUGGUUUAAAACCAUGUGAAAGCCUUGCUUGCAGAGAUCCCCUGAUUGGGUAUUUGUCACUAAAUGAGCCCAUUAUAACUCACACUGGACUGAAGACAUACGAGUACUUGGGAUUGGAAGAGAAGCUGUGCAGAUGUGCAUGGAAGAAUCUGUGAUUUCCAGUCCUUUCAGAAGCAUGCAAGGACAAAGACUGUAGAGAAACCCUAUGAAUACGAUCAGUGUGGGAAAUCAUACUCUGAUCUCAAUGAAAAGAUCUCUGAUUUCAGUGAAACAACCCACCUUAGAGAAACCUUUAUAUGUAUGUAGGAAAAAUUUGAAAGCCUCCAGCACACUUAAUGAUGUUCAGAUCCAUGAAAGAAAUCAUAAUGGGGAGAAACCCUAUGUAUGUAAGCAAUGUGGAAAAGCUUUCAGUAGGCAUCAACAUUGUAAACAACAUAAAAGAAUUCACACAGGGGAGAAGACCUAUGUGUGUAAGCAAUGUGGGAAAGCUUUUAGUAUACAAGGUUAUUAUAAAAUACAUGAAAGAACUCACA